GAAAAAGUAGAUAGGCACAAAAAAUAGAAAGAAAUAAAAAAAAUAGAAAAAAAAUAGAAAAAAAAAAGGAAAGAGAAAAACGCUUAGUAUCUCCGGCGACUUCGAACCCAACCUGAGGAUCAAAUUAGGGAAUAAAGCCCUCUCGGAGACAGAAGCCAUGGGGAGAAAAAAACUAGAAAUCAAGCGAAUUGAGAACAAAAGUAGCCGACAAGUCACCUUCUCCAAACGUCGCAACGGUCUCAUCGAGAAAGCUCGUCAGCUUUCUGUUCUCUGUGACGCAUCCGUCGCUCUUCUCGUCGUCUCUGCUUCCGGCAAGCUCUACAGCUUCUCCUCCGGCGAUAACCUGGUGAAGAUCCUUGAUCGAUAUGGGAAACAACAUGCUGAUGAUCUUAAAGCCUUGGAUAUUCAGUCAAAAGCUCUGAACUAUGGUUCACACCAUGAGCUACUUGAACUUGUGGAAAGGUUAGUACUAACUAAGACUAUAUUUGAAUACAAAGGAAUUAGGGUUUUUUGUCAAACUAUGAAUAUAUGCAGCAAGCUUGUGGGAUCAAAUGUCAAUAAUGUGAGUGUCGAUACUCUUGUUCAAUUGGAGGAACACUUUGAGACUGCCCUCUCCGUAACUAGAGCCAAGAAGACAGAACUAAUGUUGAAGCUUGUUGAGAACCUCAAAGAAAAGGAGAAAUUGCUGAAAGAAGAGAACCAGGUUUUGGCUAGCCAGAUGAAGAAGAAUCAUCAUGUGGGAGCAGAAGCUGAGAUGGAGAUUUCACCUGCUGGACAAAUAUCCGACAAUCUUCCGGUGACUCUCCCGCUGCUUAUUUAGCCACCUUUAAUCGGCGGUUGAAAUUAAAAUCCAAAACAUAUAUAAUUAUGGAAAUAUAUAUAUAUAUAUAUAUAAUUAUUCCGCUGAUAAGGGCGAGCGUUUGUAUAUCUUAAUACUCUCUCUUUGGCCAAGAGACUUUGUGUGUGAUGAAAGUAGACGAGAUUUAAGUCAAUAUUAUAUGUCUUAAGACAAAAAGGUUGAUGAAA